GCCAUUUUGGGAGCUGGUGCAACAGAUGCAUUUGGAAGCUGCUGCCUGUUUUUGGUGCUUUCACUGCAGUGCUGUGCAAAAGAAGAACCGAGAUGGCUCCACCAAAUAUUUUAUUGACUCAUAAUGGACAUACAAAGCUAUUUGCUUCCCUGUCUUCAGUGUACACAUAACGAAUCGCGAUGCCACUUGGAACGCCCGAUAUGGAUCAUGCUGCGAUAACCAGCUGAUAACUGCCACUUGUCGAGAAUAAUUCGUGUACUUCCUUGUAUAGUUAUGACACCAAAUACAGCCACUGAAGGCUUCUUGAAAUAAUUUGCCGUUUCAGAAUAAUGUAGUUAUUCGAAAUACAGAUGAAUGUGUCGCUUUUCUGUUACGAUAAUGAGAACUAUCGCCAAAAUUAAAAUCAUUACAUACUGAAAGUAGGCCUAUAGCUGUAUGUGCAAGAUGGCAAAUGUUUCGAGUGACUUACUAGUAGUCCAAAGGAUAUGCGGUCGAUAGUUUUAUGUAGAUCGAUGUUCAACAAUAUACUGAACAUAUUUUGAAACAAAGCUCAACAAAUUUUAAAACAUUUAGAAAGUGACGACCUGGCACAAAAAAAACUCUUCUACAGGAUCCGCAUCUCUUCAUAAUCACAGAAAAAAAUGUGAAUAGGAAAGACCUCGAUUCAAGUCAUUCAAUACUUGUUUUGACCAUGGGCGAUCCACACAACAGGAAAAAUUUAGCUGUUAGCCGUCUGCGGCAUCAAUUGAGAAAGAAGAGGGAAUCUUUGGCAGACCAUUUUGAGUUCAAGAUGUAUAUUGCCUUUCAUUUUAAGGAAAAGAAAAAGAAUUGUGCCUUGUUUGAAGUUGCUGAGGUGGUACCAGUUAUGACAAAUAACUAUGAAGAUAGUAUUCUCAAAGGAGUAAAGGAAGAAGCAUAUACUUAUGAAAGUUCCAAAGAGCUUUUAGAAAAAGAUGUUGUACAAUUGCAUGCACCAAGGUGGCAGUCCAUGAGGAGGGAUGUGUUAGGAUGCACUACAGAAAUGGACUUCUUUCUUUGGCCUCGCAGUGACAUAGACAAGAUAGAGUGUAUGCUGUUCUCCAAAUGGAAAGGAGAUGAAAGUCCCUUCAAACCUAUCCAGGCCGAGUUUAGAUUUGACCAUGCUGAUUAUGAGAAACAACUGAUGCGCCUCUUGACUAAGAAAGAAAGAUCCGGCCUCAUCAUCAAUAACCCAGACCAGUCAAUGUUUCUCUUUAUUGACAAAAACCAACUACAGACCAGCAAAAACAAAGUGAUUGUGUUCAAGCUAUCCAGCAUGUGUUUGUACCUACCCCAG